UCUACGACGCCGUUUCACUAGCAGUUACAUGCUAGUCUUCUUCCCCUGCCUGCACUUUUAUAUUUCAACUGCCACUAUCCUCCACUCACUCCCACAAACCCUACCUCCACCCGCAAUGGCUGACCCCUCACUCCUGGAUAAUACGUUGAACCCCGUCUCCGCCGCUCAACCUCCGCCUCUGGAUGAAGCUCACCCGACCCCCGACGAGUUAGUGGCUAAAGCCAUAGCUCCGGUGAAAAGACAUUUCCUACGCCCGCCGCCCGUUAGAACUUGCGAUGGCAACAACAGUAGUAAAGCUGAUGAAGGAGCAGCCGCCCAGAAGGAUGACGCCUCCGCUCCAAUUCUCAAGGAGAAGAAAUCCAAACGCCAGUUAAAACGCGAGCGCCGUCAGGAACAAAAGUCUGCUCUACAUAUUUGUCCAGAGGUAGCGAAAAGUGGGAAGGUCAGUUCAUGUCCUUACGGUGACAGAUGCCGCUUCAACCAUGAUGUGGAAGCAUUCAAAGCUCAGAAACCAGAUGAUUUAGAUGGCAUGUGCCCUUUCUUGACUACCAAGGGGCCGUGCCCUUAUGGCCUGGCUUGUAGAUUUGCGGGUACACAUAAGGAUGAUAAUGGUGAAGCUGCUAAUGAAACAAUUAAUGGAGACGAGAGAAGCAGUGAAAUGAAUGUAUUAAAAAAGGAUGUCCAGAAGCUUUUGUGGAAAAAAAACAGAAUGAAGUUCCCCAAGGCUGAUGCCGCACUUGAACUUCUUGGGCUUGUGGGGCAGGGAAAAAAGAAGAAAAUGGUGGAGAAUGAGAAUGAUGACAAAAUUGUUAGCAAUGACUCUGGUGAUGUUGAUGGAAAUGGUUGCUGUAGAGCAACUGGUGACUCAAGCAACGAUUUAGAUUGUGCUGCUGAAGUCUUGGAAGAAGGUAAACCAGAUGAAGCAGACACAACUGAUGAACUUAGACCACCCAAGAAGACAAAGAGCUCAAUUGAUGAGACUUGUUCUGUUCUGGUUAAUGAUGGCUGCAAACAGAAUGAACCAGAAACCUGCAUUGAGAAUAUUGUGGAAGACAAUGAUAAAUGCCUAAAGUUACACCCACGGGAGAAGAAACUCAUUGACUUCAGAGAAAAGCUCUAUCUUGCUCCCCUGACGACAGUAGGAAAUCUACCAUUUCGCCAGGUCUGCAAGGUCCUGGGAGCUGAUGUUACAUGUGGUGAGAUGGCAAUGUGCACCAAUCUUUUACAGGGUCAAGCUUCAGAAUGGGCUUUGCUAAGGCGCCACUCAUCAGAGGAUCUGUUUGGUGUUCAAAUAUGUGGAGCAUAUCCAGAUACAGUUGCAAGAACUGUUGAACUAAUAGAGCAGAAUUGUACAGUGGAUUUCAUUGAUAUUAAUAUGGGAUGUCCAAUUGAUAUUGUUGUCAACAAAGGUGCUGGUUCUGCCCUUCUUAUGAAACCAACGCGAAUGAAAAGUGUUGUAGAAGCCUCUUCUAGAGCAGUCGACAUACCAGUUACUAUCAAGGUACGAACGGGUUUUUAUGAGGGCAAAAACCGGAUUGACUCUUUGAUAGCAGAUAUUGGAAACUGGGGAGCCACUGCAGUAACAAUACACGGUCGGACACGACAGCAACGGUACAGCAAACUUGCUAAUUGGGAGUACAUCUACCAGUGUGCACGAGCAGCUCCAUCUAGUCUGCAGGUCCUUGGAAAUGGUGAUGUGUUCUCUUAUUUGGACUGGAACAGUCACAAGUCUGACUGCCCUGAACUCUCUACAUGUAUGAUUGCUCGAGGGGCAUUGAUCAAGCCUUGGAUAUUUACUGAAAUCAAGGAACAGAGGCAUUGGGACAUUAGUUCCGGACAGAGGUUGGAUAUUUUGAAGGAUUAUGUACGUUUUGGCCUUCAACAUUGGGGUUCUGACUCAAAAGGAGUUGAAACAACCAGACACUUCUUGCUGGAAUGGCUUAGUUAUACUUGCAGAUAUAUACCAAUUGGGCUGUUAGAUAACAUCCCCCAAAGAAUAAAUUGGCGGCCACCUUCAUACUUUGGUCGUGACGAUCUUGAGACCCUAAUGGCCUCUGAAUCUGCUGCUGAUUGGAUUAGGAUAUCUGAGAUGUUGCUUGGCAAGGUGCCUUAUGGUUUCACAUUUGCUCCCAAGCACAAGUCUAACGCAUAUGAUAGCGCAGAAAAUGGCUAAGUAGAGCAUCUGGGUUUCAAUUUAAGGCAAACUUGCAGAAAGAUGCUGACACACAUUGUAUGUCCCGCACAAAUGCUUUGUCCAUGAUUUCUAAGGCGUCAUUUACACACUGAGAAAUUUGUUCUGUGGUGAGAGAGCCGUGAAUUUUGUGGACUUAACAAUACAAAAUCCAAUUGAUUUUGGAUGACUGUAAAACGAAUCCUUAUACGGUUUUUCUACUUGUAUUCUCAUAAAGCAUUUGUCAAAGCUUAAUGUGCUUCUCAGACAUAUUCGAACCUUGAGUUA